AGCCUUGUAGAAGACGUCAAUGAUAACCAGCUACCGACAAACAAGGUAUUGGUGACAUUGAUGGAGUCAUGUUGACGUGAAUUGUUUUGUUGUGAAUUAUUUUCUUUUUUUUCUAUGAUUUAAAUAUUUACUGUAUAUAAAUUCUGAUAUUAUUUUAUUAUAACUUAUUAUAUUACACUAUUUAUUAUGGAUGAAGAGAUAAAAGACUUGCCACCAAGUAAAAAACGCAAGAUAUCAAGUUCUUCAACAAAUGAAUCCAAGAAAAAAUUUGUCGAGGGAUGGUUUAAAAAUCCUUUAUUUAAGAACUGGAUAGAAAAAGUUAAUCAUGAUAUCCAUAAAGUAAGGUGUAACAAAUGCAAACAAAAUAUGACUGCUGAUAUUUCAGUAUUGAAAAAACAUAUUGAAUCAACUCAACAUAAAAAAAACACGAUAGUUGAUAAAUCAACAUCAAAAAUUACUCAAUUUAUAAAGAGUACAGAUGAAGAUGUAAAAGUAAAAAAAUUAAAUGAAUCAGUUAAAAGUGCAGAGAUAAUGUUGGCUGCUUUUUUUGCUGAGCAUACAAUACCAUUUCGUGGAUUUGAUCACUUAGUUCCUGUACUCAAGAAAAUGUUUCCUGACUCAGAAAUAGCUAAACAGCUUUCUAUUGAAAGAACUAAAGGAACAGAAAUAAUAAAAAAUGUGAUUGGAGAGACAGAAAAAAACGAACUAACACAGAUAAUGAAUAAAAAAUGACUUAGCAUAUUAACUGAUGAAGCUACUGACAUUUCAACAACAAAAAAACAAUAAUAAAAAAGAGGAAGGAAAGGAAAAAAUUUCAGUUACCGACGUAAAUCCAUAAUGGCGUCCGAUAUCCCAUAAUUUGUUUAUUUGUCGCAUGGAGGUGUAUACACCUCCAUGAUUUGUCGCUGGGGAUCCCAUAACGGGUUGGCAUUUUGGCAACGCUCUGGAGGUCUAACACGUCUCGACCCUCUGUAAACCUUCAUCGCCAAUACGUAUAAAAUUUAUUUCUUUCUGAUUUGUUGUCUUAUCAUCAAUAUUAUUUCAUUAUUAUGUAUUUUUUUAUGCUAAAAAAAUGUAAAUUGACAAUAAAUAUAAUCACUCCAAAAUAAUUGAGUCAGAUCAUUCAACAAGUGGUUGUAAAUAAACAAAUUAUUUGAUCUUUCUCAAUCUUGUAUAUAACUUACAACAAUUUAUUAAUAUGAUUAUAAAAUUCAGCUCGUAAGAAUGUGAUAACACUAUUUUUAAUAACAAAUAGGAGCAAAAUUAUUUUUUUUCUAUGAUAAAUAUAAAUGACAAAAAAUUAAGAAAUUGAGUAAGUAAAUCUUAGUUAUAAAAAAUUGAUGUCCCUGAAAACAGCCAAUUUUUGCUUGUUGUUGUUGUUAAUAAUCGUGGAUCGAUUACUUGGAGUUAGUGUAUCUGGUAACUGCCUUGGUGCCUUUACUGACGGCAUGCUUGGCAAGUUCACCAGGAAGAAGAAGAAAUUAAUAGCUUAUACAUCUAUCUCAGUAUAUUUUUUGAAAUUUUUUUAUUUAAAAAAUUCUAUUCAGACAGUGAAUAAUAAGAAAAAAAAAA